GCCGUCGUCCUCGUCGUUGUCGAUCAUCGAUCACCGAUCACCGAUCAUUGAUCGAGUGUUGAGCAUUCAAAAGAAAUGAAAAUCGCAAUUACAAUGUCGGCACUGGGGCUGCUAUUGCUUGUCGGCGCCCAGGGCACAACCAUAAUCAGCAUUAAGUAUCCUCCACAGAGCACCGACGCCAAGUCCCUAGAUCGCACACAGCCGGCAAAGAGAGAUCUAAGUUUAAGCUAUGCAGCCACAAAUAUUGAUUCAAGGGAAGGCACACGCGUCAAAACGAUCACAGUAAUCAAGAAUGUAGGCGGCUUUGGAGAGUCGAGUGCGGCGAGCAGUAGGCAACAGAAGCUCGCCAUCAAUCCCGAGCUGCACAAAAACGAAGAGUGGGCGAAUGCCUUUCGCGAUAACUUCGAAUCGUAUGGUGGAUUGCCCGAAGUGCCAGACAUAGACGAUCUAUUUGACUUCGUGAAUAAGAAAAAGGUUACGUCGCCGUCCGAAAAAGAGAUAAAAAGAGAGCCGAAGCCUACAGAAAGCACGACAAAGGCCUCGCCACCAACACCAACAACGCCACCGCCUCCACCACCAACAAAAGCAACCAGCGAGCAUGCAGAGGAUGCAGAAGACAGUGACGAGGCGACCGUGGAGAAGAUUAAAGGCGAUGCCGAGCUGCUACCACAUAUCAAACAGGCGAAUAUAUUGCGACUGCAAGCGUUGGAUCAGCAGCCAGACCAGCGACAUCGCACACGCGAAUCUCUGAUCAAUGUAAACUACUCGACGCCCAUGCAUUCGGUUAGCCAGUUUUUUGAGAACUAUGUCCAGGUGCUACCCAACGGUUAUGACUACACCAAGCCGCAGCAGCCACAGCAACCGCAACAGCCAUGCGCUCUGCCAUCACCUCCAAAUAGCAUACAGGUGACAACGCCAUCGGGACGCAGCUACAAUAUACCGCAGAGCAAUAGUAGUGGCACCAACGGAGGUGCAAAUCAUCCCUACCUGGCACCAUCUUUAGCCAAGAGAACGCAGAUACAGCCAGCAGCGCCAGCUCAACCACAGCCGCAGCCGCAGCCACAGCAGCCGCCGAAUUUCUCCACGGUUAAUUCACUUGUGCCGCCUAUUGGACCGAAACCGCAGGGCACUAAUUAUCCAGUAAAUGUGCCGCAGCCGCAACAGCCAGCGGCACCGACUCAAGGUGUAGGUGCAGUUGGAGCUUCCACUAGCCAGCGCCCCUACGUCGCGCCCAGUCUACGCAACAAUGGUCUGGGCAUAAAUCGGGGCCCCUCAACACCGCAACCGCCUGCUGUGCCAUCGUACAGCACAGGCAAUGUGAAUGGUGGCUACCCUACCAAUUCAUAUGGCGCCAAUCGUCCGAAUACAUUUCGAUCGCGUGGCUUAAAAUAUUAAAAUACUGUGUAAUCUUAUAACUAAUAGAUAUUUUAAGACUUCUGUUGUGUUUAUGCAUUUAUAUGUAUGAAACGUAUUCCUAAAUA